UGUCAUCAUCCGGCGUCGCCUCUUUGGGGCAGUAGAUUGGGGCUGAGGAAUCAUCCUGGAACUGACACGUUCCUGUAUAUAUUCGCCGGUGCAAAAUGUGACCCCCUUGCACCCAUCAUGUCUAAAUCAGCGCGGAAUUUCCGCGCCUCUCGCCCAGAGAAGCGCUCCGGGGUGGGCAGGUUGCCCUGGGUUAUCAUCCUGCUCUCGGCUUCGUUGGUUCUUGCGGUUCUGUGCAUUAUCCGGGGGCUUUGUUUCACUUCUAAGCAGCCCGAUGUAACACAGGCGGAUUGGAGCCAGCGGAAGCUCGACCACAAACCGAAGAGCAUCAUGUCCAGUCAGGUGAGGCACUUUGCCUCGCUCAUCGACUCCCAUCGCCUGUGGAAUGUGUUUCUGGUGCCGAUGCUGAUUGAGCGAUACCCAGGGUCAGAAGGCAUUGAAUUCGUCCGACAGCACAUCAGAGGGUACAUGGAGUCGCUGUCUGCCCGCUGGACCUUGGAGCUGGACACGUUCGAGGACAGGACCCCUCUCGGCAGGCGAACCUUCUCCAACAUGGUGGCCACCCUCGACCCCUCGGCCCGCCGGCGACUCGUCCUCGCCUGUCACUACGACUCCAAGUACUACCCCCCCGACGAUCGGGGGCGGGUGUACGUGGGGGCCACCGAUUCCGCGGUACCGUGCUCCAUGAUGCUGGAACUGGUGCACUCGCUGGACAAGGAGCUGGUCAAGCUGAAGGACAGGAGGCAGGAUCUGACCCUCCAGCUGCUGUUCCUGGAUGGAGAGGAGGCUCUGGUCAGUUGGACCCCCACGGACUCUCUCUAUGGAUCCCGCCACUUGGCUGAGCGGAUGUCAAGGACCAAACACCCAGAGAACACCUCCAGCACCACCCUGAUCGACUCUGUGGACUUGUUCGUGCUGCUGGAUCUCCUGGGUGUAGGCAAGCCUAUCUUCUUGAACCACUUCAGGAACACAGCCCGCUGGUUCAAUCGGCUGGUCGGGAUUGAGAAGAGGCUCCAUAGGCUGGGUCUGUUGCAGCUCCAUCCAGUCGAGGUGGCAUACUUCAACGGCGACACGUAUUAUGCGCCCAUCGAGGACGACCACGUUCCGUUUCUGCAGAAGGGAGUCCCCAUCCUGCACCUGAUUUCCACGCCGUUUCCCUGGGUCUGGCACACGAUGGAAGACACGUCUGAGAAUUUGCAUCCACCCACAAUUGAGAACCUGUGCAAGAUCCUGAGCAUCUUCGUGGUGGAGUACCUAGGACUAUAACAACAAGCACACCGUGGCUCUUGUGAGGCAGUGGACUUUGGACGCAAUCAAAGGAGUGACCUCCCUCCGUGUAAAGAGGCAGAGUCUUCGGUCCAACUGUACUGCAGAGAAUAUACACUGAACACUUGACCGUCUACACAGUCUCAUUGGGCAGAGAAUUGCUCAACUUGUCCCACAACAGUGAAGAUUUGAGUCUUUCUUAAUUGACAGUUGCAUGUAACCACUCCUCAGGUCUGUCUGAUGUGAAUGGCCGUUUCAUUCCCUGAGCCCUCUCGUCACGUGUUUUAUUUUGUCUCAAAUUCUUUGUUUCGUGUGUAUGAAUAUUGUCACAUGCUGUGUGUGUGGGUGCGUCUCUCUCUCUCUCUCUCUCUCUCUCUCUCUCUCUCUCUCUCUCUCUCUCUCUCUCUCUCUCUCUCUCAUCUCCUUUUAACCUCUUCCGCCCCCCCCCACCCCCCCCCCCCACCCCCCCCCACUCAGAGUACCAUCAUGGCAUGACGUGGUGUCUCUGUUCAGUGUGUGUGCAGUUCUGUGUCUGUCUGUUGUGAGGGGACCAUCUCAAAGCAGUGCAGAGGGACGGCAGCUGAUGAGGGGACUCCGGGGAGGAGAGGGUCGCUGUGCCUGACACUCUUGCCAGUCCUGCCCUUGGCCACUGAUUUCGAGGACAGUUUGUGGCCUCGCCUCCUGUCUCGACCACCCCUCAUCCCUGGAACCCUUUGAAAGUGCCGGAUUGACCAUUGUUUACCUGAUUAUUUUCUCUCUGCACUGACACAGUGUGCAGACGCCCUUCGUACCAUUACCAGGGCUCCUGACUCCUUCACUGUUAUCCCCCACCCCUUCUCGUUGGUGACACCUGCCCCUUCUUCCCCCUCGUGAUGCUGGUUGUGAGCCCCCUAUGCUUACGAGGGCCUUGGGGAAGGGAAGUGACUCGAUAGCGGGAGUGAGGUACUCUGAUCUCCUGAGUUAGCAGGUCCUGCACCAGGAUUGUGUCAUUAGCCGGACCGAUGUGACCUUGCAGUCACCAUCCUUUUAAUUGAAACCCCUUCUGUCUGCUGAGCAUCUGGUGCCGCCGUCUGACGAAGAAUUGGUGUCUCCAUCUUCAAACCUGCACCCCCUGGCUCUUUGUGGGAUCUGACUGUGCACACAGUUGGCUGACAUUUUUGCCAGUAUACCGGAAACCUCCACCUUUCACUACAAAGGGGUUUGAGGCCUGUGCGUGACAGCCACUCCCUGGUCCUCUACGAAAAGAGGUCGUGGGGUUGAUGAUCAGUCAUACAGCAUGGAAACAGGCCCUUCGGCUCAACUGGUCCAUGCCGACCAAGAUGCCCGUGUUUGGCCCAUAUCUCUCUAAACCUUUCCUAUCCAUGUACCUGUCCAGGUGCCUUUAAAUGUUGUUAAUGCACCUGCCUCAACCACUUCCUCUGGCAGCUCAUUCCAUAUACUGACCACUUUCUGGGUGAAGAAGUUGCCCCUCAGGCUCCUAUUAAAUCUCUCCUCUCUCACCUUAAACCUGUGCCCUCUAGUUCUUGAUUCCCCAACCCUGGGAAAAAGACUCUGUGGAUUCACCCUAUCUGUGCUCCUCAUGAUUUUAUACACCUGUAAAAGGUAUUCCUGUCUGAUUCUUGGUGAUAUUUUUUACACCCUAAGAGAAGUCUUCAGUCCAACUAAUGGUUCAUAAUUAAUUUAACAUAGCCAUUUGAUUGGUGCAUAUCAGGAGAAUUUCCCAGGCAGGACAAGUCCUCUCAGCAGAGGUGGCACUAGGGAAAGUUGGCAAAGCCUUGCCCUUGGUGCCAGGGCCAUUUCCAGAAUCUACCCACUGGGGCCCAAGCACAAGAGCAGGCUUGAUGUGAUGCCUUCUGCAGUCGAAUGGCCUGUUGACACUUGAACUUACACUUGGAGUGGUGUCUCUUGGGAUCUGUAUGGACAGACAUUGAUCUUUUGGGGAACGAUGCCACUGGGCAGCUCUGUAGUUAUGGUGUCCUGGUACCCAAGGAAGUAUCAAAGGACCCUGGAGCUCGGGGCAAGUGGUAGGAGGGUGAUCUGGUCUCCAGUACCAUUGAUGGGUGUGUACGUGUCUUAAAGUGAGCUGUAAUAAAUGUUUAUACGUACUUA